AUGGGAAUCGACUAUUGCACCCAUUCUGCGUUAACCAAUGAACGUGGAUGUCAAACCAAUCAUGUGGAGGAAUCGUCCGACCAACCAGCACAUCUCCUGUCCAAGGUGAUCCACGAUUCUGCUCUCCUUGACUACGCUGAUAAACACACAGACCUCAGCAUGGAAUCCCCGCGUUGUACUCCAAACGCGGAAGCAGGUGAAGCCGUUGCCACGGUUGCAUCUUCAGAAUACUGCGACGCCAAUCGCAACGCAGACGAUCUGGAAAACCAGUUCAGUGCAACACGUCCCCAUUUUGCGACAAUGUCAUAUCCACCGGACAUUAUUAGUACAACAGUUAGCGUUCAGCGACCUCACUGCAAUCUGGACUCCUCUCAGCUGGAAAAUUCAUCAGCAGAAGCCAUUUCAACGGAUUCACUGGAAGGGACAUCGUCCUCGACGAAUAAUAAUCUGGACCAAGAUGCGGAAGAGUCAGGAAAGCUAGAAUCUGAUGCCAUUGUGGUAAAGAACCCUACUCGCUUCAGGUAUGUCACGAGUUCGAUGGAUGACCCCUACACGGCAUUGAAACGCGAACACGUUAAGGCCUAUUCUGAUUGGUCACUGGACAAAAUCUCAGGCACCAAUAGGAACACGGGAAUGAUGCCAAUCAACCAACGGGGUUGGUGGUCUCCUUACGUGUCCACGUUUCAAGAUAGACUAGCGCAUUUCAAGCAUAGAAGACGCUAUUAUUUAAAGGCUGCAUCGCAUGAAUUUGACUUUCGCAACGUGACACUGAGAUGGCAGGAUGCGCGUAACCAAAGUCUCAAACACCAACAACGAAACGUCCAUGGAGAUUCCUGCGACACUGUCUCCAACAGCGACUGGAGCUCGUCAGAAACUGAGGAGCUCACCGUGGUCACGCCCGUUUCUCCAUGCGCCUUGAGUGAACUCGAAUCAGUGAAAUCAGCAGGUGAUUGGACAAAGUCGGUAGCCAAUGAGAGAGCGAGCCUUGUCGAGAACUGCAACAGAACUGGAAGAUACCGAAUCUCUGAUGCGUCCGCAAAUUCGAGAGGCAUGGAUACUGAAACCACGAUGAAAUCUGGUGUACCCACAAACGCCAGUGAAUCAAAGGCUCAAACGAAACGACCUUGGAGAAAUUCACGGAGAAAGAAAGAAAGAAAUGGUCUCCUAACGCCCGGUGCACCCUCCAGCAAUGACACGCUGAGUCUGGAUCGACGAGAUAACCUUGUAUUCAAGAACCAUCAGUCGGAGACGAAAUCUUCCAGUGAUGGCAUCGCACGCGGAAGCUCAGUUUUCUUCGACAUGGAAGACGAUGGCUUUGGAAAUUCGGCGAUGUCUCAACUACUUGCCCAAGUCACUGAUCUGCUGACCACGUCUGCAAGCGACGACGCGCCGUUUGAGCUCCAAUUCUCACCAGCAUCGAUUCAGUCGCUUAAAGCCGAGUUAAGCCAGUUGCCACCUAGGCAACGGUUGCAGGAGCUGCCCGUUUUGACGAGAAUUUUGCAUCGAACCCGUUCGCAGAGUCCUCUUCCUACCAACCUUCACGAGCUGCAUGCUCUCGAGGGUGAACUCUUCGACUACUUGGCCAAAGACAGCGACCAGAAGAUGGAUCCACUCAUGACCCUUCAGCGUUGUCUUGGCUCGUCAAAGGUGAGACCGCCUUACAACAGGUUCCUUCAACUCCACCUUCGCUCUCUCCUACUUCAUCCAGAUAUACAGGAGAGCAACGAGAUGAGGAUGCACCUCCAGAACUUGCUCAAGCGUCUUGAAGACUCUCCACGUGGACUCGACCUCACUGCCAGCGACUCCAACUUACUCCUUGAAUUGGUCACAACUGCCAAUGUGCCAAUCUUCAACGCGAUCUCCACACCACCUACAAUCUUCAAUCACCGUGAUUCACCACUAAUACAAACUGCCAUGCGAAUUGCGGAUACUGCAAUGGGUUUGCACAAACUCGCUCAAGGUGGACAGAUUCGACGUGAGGAACACGAGAACUUACUCAGAGACACGGAAAACCUCUUGGCAGCAGCUGACGAAACACCAUGCCCAUUAGCUCGCUUCGUUAGCGGUAUCAUACCAGCGGAAGAUAAGGCUCGGCUUGGUUGCCUGGUUCACGAUCUCCUAGAUGCCUCAAGAGAUGUAGCAAUCUACCAGAUUCCGCGGGAUAAAUCGUGCGAACUCGAUGAAAUAUCGGUUCGUUUGGGUGAAGUAGCUUUACUUUGUGCCAAAUUCAAAGUAGCAAAGGCACACCAUAUCGUCAAAAAUCGAUUCCGCCUCACGCCCAACAGCUUCCAUCGUGUCUGUGUGAUCGGACAAACGGAUCAGGGUCCAAUAAAGGAGGCAUUGUCACUGAUUCGGGCUGCUAAUUUAGCCAAAAGUCAAGAUAUCCAGACUUUCAACGACCUUCUUACCGAAGAUGCAGAAGUCAAGUUGAGUGAGGCCGACGCAGUUUAUCUUGAGCACAUCCUGACUUGCGGGCUUGAUUUCCAACCUUCCAACACCACUUCAAGGCAGUCAGCUGAUCUCACCCCCAAGUCGACUCUGUCCCAGCAAAACACCGACGAAUUCCUCCUAACCGUCGACAACUCCGUCGUGAGAAAUCCGUUUGCACUCACGACGACCCCCGAUUCGAGUAAUGACACCGAGAAUGACGCUAGAAUGGCGAGUGUGAGCAAAUUUUUCAAUUGUGAAGAGGAAAAUGCCUACGAGAAUGAAAGCCUCAUUAAACCGGUUGACGCAAACACCUCAACACUGGGUACUGGGGUUUAUCGCGGGGAUCUGAGCUUGUCAAGUGUGGAGUUGGUGAGUAAGAAGAGCACGCUACCCCAGAGCGACGCGUUGUGCUACUUUAAACUACUGCCAGAGGCGCUGCUUUUGCGAAAUCUGAUUGGCGCAAUGCAACGCAGCCCAAGCCACUUAUUCGCUUACAAACUUGCGCCAUUUCAAAUUAUCCAAUUGUGUGAUUGCGUUCGAAAACUCAGUUCGGUUGAACCGCGUUCGGAGGACUGUAAACUAAUCAAAAAGCUAUCGACGGAGGCGAAUCGACAUUUAAAGGUCAAAUUGAAAGCCAAAACAGUUAGUCGUGUGCGUGGUUUUUAUCGACGCGUUCAAGCGCCUAUUCUUCGCAGCAGUUUCAACAAACUGACAAGCAUUCUGUCCGACAUUGAUGGCCACCGAGCGGACACAACGGGACCAGAAGUACGGCUGAAUUCGGAGAACACAUUUUACCUCGCAGAAAUCUGUUUUGCUGUCUUAUUCGAUGUCACUGACUCCCUGUCCUUGUUCUUCCUGGAGCAAAUCAAGCACAAGUGCAUUGUCAGUUCUGGAAAUGCGAUCAUUUUAACUGCGAGAGAGUUUAAGAAGCUCCUGUAUCUCGCUAGAGAGGCUACGGAACGGUUCGGAAAGAUCGGUAGCGAAUCUGUGACUGGUGAGGAAACUGCUGAUAUGUCCAUUCGACUGCUCAGUCUCUACAAAGUCCGCGCUCUGUUGAAAUCGUCGGGUAGUGCUGAUACCAAGGGUAUUUCAAAGCGCCUUCUGCAGAGGCAUGCGUUGACGCAGCUAUUCAACCAGUUCCCCGAGAAAGCCAUCAAGCGACUGUACUCGAACGUGGCAUUUCACGUAUUUGUUGCAGAAUCUGACUGCCUUCCAGAGGGGACGCAGGAGGAACUCCUGAACGAGUUGUCCGCACUAAUAAACACCUGCGAACGCACCACCAACGCGCUGCCAGAAACCGUGAAUAACUUGUUUUCGCCGAAAUCGAAGCAUGCCAAACUCAUUGACGCGCUCAAAUCCAAGUUUGUAGUGAGUUCCGUGAAUAACCGUCAACUCAACUGCGAUCCGACGGUCCUCGGUCAGUGGAUAACCUCUCUCACGUCCAACGAGGACGUCCUAAUUUCGGAGUACUCAGAGUCGGAGUUGGAUGACAUGCGACAGUUCCUGCUCACCCAACCGGAGACGCAAGAGUUGAAUGAGGGCAAUUUGACGGAAGAGUUGAGUCUGUCGGGUUCAGACAAGAGCCUGGCCAGUUUUGAACCACCGAAGUUAACUGGAGUUGUCUCAAUGUUGGCAGGACCUGCGCAAAACUCACCUCAGUGCAAUCUCUUAUUCGUGCUCUUGCUAGAGGCACUUAUUAAACAGUUUGAUCAGCCAGUAAUUUUUAUUAAUCGGUCAAUUUUCGACGAAAUUCAGGGCUUCACAUCCACCUCAAACAAUGGUUCAGGUGUUGUUGAGGAGACAAAUAUUGAUGCCCUGGAAACCCUACCGGAUUCGCUUGAGGCUGUUGAUGGUGAACAGCAGUUUGACGAAGCCGUGGCUUACUUAACUGACCUUCUGCUGAAUCCCGACAACCUCGUGCCACCAGAGCAAUUCGUAGUCGCGACAAAGAUGCUUCGACAUAUUCAAGCAGCAUCCAGCACUCCCUUGUCUGACAAUCAGCUAUCAGAGCUUAACGUUCUAAAGACUGACGUCUCAGAGUUUAGUCAGGAAGUUGGUGGUUUUCUCAACUCCGACAACUCACUCCUCUUUGCCAUUGCGUCACUGAGAGGGCUGCGUUCAAGACUUGAAGGCCAAGGUCCGAGACCUGCCGAUUACACGGAAUUAGUUUUUGAUCUUGGUGUUAGUCGGAGCUACAUUUCACCAGAUCAGCAGCUUUGGUCGGCUGUUCUAGCUCUGGAAAGACAUUUGCGACUCGCAUUGGCUGAUAACACCACGCCUGAAAUCAACCCAACAACUCUCGAAAGGGUUGAGGUAUUCCUUGAACAGAAGCUGGCCAAUGACCUUGUGAUCACGACCUCGCAGAGCAUUGAACGACUCAUGGACAGCAGGUACAUUCAAGACCGUGGUUUGUUGAGCACUCUACAGUUCAUCUGCAUCGCGUCAGUUCUCAUACCGGUUCACAUCGAAGUAAAACUUCUGGCCAUGCUUCUUUGCCGACCGAUCACAUCCCUCUCCACCGAGGACGUCACCAUGGUUCGCGAAAUUCUCAUUGAAUUCGCCACUCACCUACAGCUUCCACGCAAACCCGACGUCAGACAAGUACGUCUGCUGAUACCGUUUCUACCGCUAGCAUUGGACACUCAAGAUGUCCGAGGUAGUGUUAACUUUGACAAACUCCUGACAACCGUCUGCGUGGCAAACGAGCUCGCUGUAGAUAUGAAGGGACCAGCGAAGGCCAAAAUAAAUCAUGCGUUGGCGCAGAUAUUUUGGGCAGUCUUCUUCACUCACGAACAACUAACCUCUAGCGGGUUAUUUGGUCGCCUGUUCAAGGAGACUACUAACUUUGCGUCGGAGUGGUUGUCUUCGACUUGCCAGACAGACAGUGGCUUUCAUGAAUUUUUCUUCCACGAAUUCUUCUUCAUUGCUUCAGGCGUACCUCUUGAUCUAACAGCACAGCUCUCGCACUACGUCGAAAUGAAGUCUUCAGUGAAGACAGCACAGUUAAUAUCUGAUCUAAAGGAGGCUUCUUAUCGUUCAGAGUCGUACUUCCAUCUGUUGCAGUCACUGUUUGUGAUUAGAGUCCUCAUGGAGCGCACAUCACCUCAGGUUACUCUCUCAAACGACCAGUUGGUGACGGUGUACCAUGCUGUUGCUACCUGCUUCCAUUCUGGGUACUUCCAUGGACGUCUAGAAGGCAAGGUUGGACUGGCACACGUGCUAAAUCGGAUCGAGGAGGUCAUUAGCUCCGAAGAAUCACAAGUAAACCUGAGCGAACUGCUUUUUGUGAGUCCGCACAUUCGAAAAUUUGUUGAGGCCACCCUAGUUGAAGCUGGGAAGGCACUACUUGAAGACUUGCGCUCCCGCAUAGCUCCAGUUAUCCUCCUUCUGAGCAACGAGACAGGCAAUCCGCUGAUGGCUCCAGAUCCUGUUCUGGUCCGCGAAGGUCUGGAAGCAAGUCUGAGCGGUUUCUUCUACUUGCCGCCUUCAGCAGUCAGCUGUGCAGUGCGCCUUCUCAAUGGUUUGGACGCCUCCGCGCCAUCAGUCGAUGACUUGCGUUCAACCUGCCACAUUAUCAACAACCUCUUCCAAGAUGACGCGUGUAGACUUGAAUCUGGAAGUGCAACCGUGAUCGAUUAUUUCGUCGAUUUGAAGGACAACACAGACCUGUUAACUGACGUCGCGUUGGCAAUGAGGAAUCUUGAUAACUUACUCUCCAGCAAGGCGCUUCAGUCAACCAACGAUGUCACCCUAUUUUUCAACUCACUCUUCACGCUUUCACGAAGUGUUCGUCUGAAAGAUGUCCAAACAAGGAGGCUGGAUGAAGUGAUCACCUCGGAAACCGUUGUCUCUUCCCCAACUGAGAGCUUUUCCUCCUUCUCGGUGAGUGGAAACGUCAAGAUUAGCAGUGGCACAGACGCAUUUCAGAGUUUAGAGUCUUCACCGGCCGUGAAAAACGGAUUCGCAGUGUCCGCACCACCAGACAAAUGCACGCUCAUUGCACACCGUGCCAUCGAUGUCAAAUCUCUCAUCGACGACAUCAACAACAACGACAGGAGAUCAGCAUCGAUGCUAGACGCCCUUAUUGACGCCUACCAUUACUCACGUGUACUGAUCCAAUCGGGACGGUCGGUCAAAAGAUGCGUUGAUGGCCUGUCCGAUGUUUUCAAAGCACUCGCAGAUUACUUGCCGUCGAAUGGGCAGCCUCUUACUUUAAUUCAGAUUAAAAUCCUCAGGCAACUCGCCAACGAAUGCGCCUGGCACCUCAGUAGACACCUCAGAGAAGCAAUGGUGUGUGAAGAUAUUGAGCUGAGCCUUAAAUUACUACAGGGUUAUUUGAGUUUGGCGCUGCCAACGAGCACUACAACACCGGUCGCAGCUCAAGAACUCGUGUCACUUCGAUUAGCAAGCCUGGAGGAUGAUCUGGCCGCGGCUGACUUGAUUCGCUUUGUUAAAGGCAAUCUAGAAGCCGAAUCAGAGGUUUCCAACAACGACGUGACAUUGGUGGCUCUCCAAGGAGCACAGAAGGCUCUGGAUGGGUUCGCGCUGAACACCGUGGAGCAGAUCUGCCUGCUCUACGCGUUAGACCAUCAAAGUGACCUUCUCUUUGCCGAUUUGGGUGCAUCUGUGAACUGGACGGAAGAGUGGCCCCUUCUGUUAACUGGUGCACAACGGCAGCAUCUGGAAGAGAGGGUUCAGGAGUGGACUCGAACGAUUGCCAGCUUGUCGGCCGAACUGGGGGUGGCGCCACAGAAUGCGAUUAGUGCCAGCAAGUGGAUAAGUGCAGGAUUAGCUACCAAUGCAGCCCAAAGUGACGUUACGGGCACAAUUGACUCAAUUUGCAACGACGCACUGUCAACAGAGACUCGCAACCUGGUUGAACAGCUGCGUGAAGCAGCUGAACCGUCCACGCGUGACGUUCACGAUGUCGCUCAGCUGAUCAAGUUACGCCUAGCAACCACGCCAUUAGACGGAUUCGUUACUCUGACGAGUAUUCAGACCCUCGAGCUGGUAUCUGCCCUUAGAGCUCUUUCAAAGCAGACAUCAUGGUGUGCACAAAUAUCGGACAAGCUAUCACAAACCUGGAAACGUCUUUGUCUAGGUGUUGCGUGCAGUCUGGCUUGUGGCGAUACAAUCACACGCGUUGAACUGCCCGCAAAGUACCUCCAUUCCCAUGCGAUAUUAUCCAUCAUUCACCACCACCACCACCACCCCUCGUCUGUUUCUAUUGAACAAGACAGUUGUGUCAAUAGUCGCUCGAGUUUGCCGGACCAAGCCGAUUCAGGUGUCGCCGAACGCAAUGAAAAUCCUCCACGUAUCAGGCAGUUUGGCAGUUCUCUAUCCUUUACCGAAAGAAUUCGAAGGCGGGUAAGAAGCACCCAGUCGAUGGGAACGAUUUCAAGGAUCACGAAGCCCCCCCAACACCCUUCCCUCCCCAAACGUCUGCAUCGUGACGACUUCGACUGGUCCAGUCUGUCAACAACCCUCUCCACAGAGAGCCGACGCAGUUCACUGGACCGGCUUCAUGAACUCAUUGAAAUUCGUCGUGCCGUGGUCGCUGGAUCCGCGAAAGAGUUGCAUCGUCUUGGAUACGGGAACCCCCUAAUGGAGAAGACGUUGCCUGUGCGGUGCAAGAAGCCGGACAAAUUGGACUUGAGUCUUUUGCGGAAGCGUUGUGAGGAGCACACAGACCGACUGCUGCGAUGGGCAGCGUACGAGCAGGAUCAGUCGAAGAUGUGCACUCAUUCAAUGCAGCAUAACUUCAGACUCCUCAACGUUGCCUCCACUGACCCGAGGAAUAGACGUUAA